AAAAAUGUACAUUUUCAAUUCAUUCUUUUUCACAUAUUUUACCUAUAUUUAUUCGUAAUUUGUUGCCCAGACUGUAUUUUAAUUUCUAUCAUAAUGCUUCACUAAAUACAGAGAAUAUUAAGGACAAUGCGUAUCUUCUCCCCCGCCCGUGAUGCCAGAAAAUAACUACAUCUCCCAUGAGCCCAUGCCAUAAGGAAGUUUCAUUCUCAGACGUGUUCAGAGUCAGUGUAUAAGCAGAAUAGCUCUUGCAAGACAACAAACUGGUGUGUAUUUGCAAAUAUGCACCGAUCAGAAAUCCGCUUUAUUAAGUGACACUUUUCCCACAGAGUUCCUGUCUGCUUCUCCAACAUGGGGACUGCUUUCGCGAUUGUUCUGGUGUUUGUGGGAUGUUGUAGUAACGUGGUGUCUCUGGAGCUGCUUGUAAGACAGUUCCCAGGAUGUGGCAACAUAGUCACCUUCGCUCAGUUUCUCUUCAUCGCAUUAGAAGGUUUCAUCUUUGAAACUAAGUUUGGCACGAAGAAACCAGCGAUCCCUAUCAGCAACUAUGUGAUCAUGGUGACCAUGUUCUUCACCGUCAGUGUGAUCAACAACUACGCUCUCAACUUCAACAUCGCCAUGCCUCUACACAUGAUCUUCAGAUCGGGAUCACUAAUUGCUAAUAUGAUCCUGGGAAUAAUCAUCCUGAAGAAAAGGUAUACAGCAAGUAAAUAUAUGUCUAUAGCUUUAAUUUCAGCAGGUAUCUUUAUCUGCACCAUCAUGUCGGCCAAACAAGUGAAUUUGGCCACCGAGGGAUCAGAAGAGCAAGGCUUUUACCCACUGAUUCACUGGCUUAUAGGUAUCUCCAUGUUGACCUUUGCUCUGCUGAUGUCUGCGAGGAUGGGCAUUUUCCAGGAGACGCUGUACAAGCAGUACGGAAAACACUCCAAGGAAGCCCUGUUCUAUAAUCACUGCCUGCCUCUGCCGGGCUUCCUGCUCCUCUGCACCGACAUCUACAACCACGGCGUUUACUUCAGUCAGAGCACUCCUACAGUUGUUCCUGUGGUCGGACUGACUAUGCCAAUAAUGUGGCUCUACCUCCUGAUCAACGUCAUCACACAGUAUGUGUGCAUCAGAGGUGUCUUCAUCCUGACCACAGAGUGCGCCUCGCUGACCGUCACUCUGGUGGUGACUCUGAGGAAGUUCCUCAGCCUCAUUUUCUCCAUCAUGUACUUCCAAAACCCCUUCACCACGUGGCACUGGGUGGGCACGGCGGUCGUCUUCCUUGGGACGCUGCUGUACACCGAGGUCUUGAGCAGUGUGUGGGCGGCUCUGCGUGGAUCAGGCGUAAAGGCGAGGAAGGCCGAGUGAAGAAGAAAAAGAAGAAGAAGAAAAUGAUAAGGGUCUAAUGGUCGGAUAGAAACACAGCCACUUUGAUUGACUUAGAGAUUGUGUUUGGUCAAACGUCCUGCAGCCAUUUUAUGCAGUUAUGUCAUUUUCUUAGGCUGUAGUAACACACACACACACAUACACACACACACACACACACACACAGUUUAGAGGAUAAGACUGGUGAUACUUUAUAUGUUCAUUAACAUCAGAAAAUCCCAAAAGGAAACUGAAAUAGGAGAAUUUGCUGCUCUUUGGAUUGGUCUAACAUUGAAGUUAAUUCAAUAUUUUUGUGCUUUAAACUGUUGUUUCUGAUCUUUGAUAGACCAUAAUAUUAAUCGGUAAAAUCAAUCACAGUUUAAUCAACACAAGACAAGAAUUGUUGCUGCCUUAUUGUAGAUUCUUCCCCCAAGUAGCCAAUUAAAAUCUGUAAUUGCAGUAAAACGUGGUCACAUAUUUUUCAAAUGUUAAAUAAUUUCCUGAAACAAUAAGUCACUGAAUUUUUUGUGAACGUUAUUCAAACAUGAGACUGUAUUGAAUUUGUUAAGGAUUAUUUUCAGCUGUGACUUAAUACACAAUUUGUGCAAUAAUGGAGGGGAAAUGUGUUUUUAAUAGUUUUUGGAAAAUAAUGAGGCUCUAGAACACAGAGAGAAAGUUUUGCUUACAUUUUGCCUACUUGUUUAAAGGGUUCUUUGGUUGUUGUUGUUUUUUUUUUUAUGGGAUUAUUGAUAAGAAAAUAUCACCAGCCAUAUUCUUAAAUAUUAGUACCCGAGUAGUAUUUACAGCUGCAAAAUGAUGGUGCAACUUUCUUGUGUCUUUAACAGUUUUUAAUAUUUAUUUCUCAAUGUGACAGCUCAUUUACUCCAUAUUAGCACUGAUACCAACGUUCAUCAGUACAGUGAACCCAAGUAUGUGCUGUUGGAUGAAAUGUUUAGGAGCAGCUGGAAACACUGUUUGUAUACAGAGGGAUAACUUAUUUGGAUGUAGAUGCUGUAAUCCUUUUUCCUCAUCUGUCAAACUGUCUCAGGUGUAUUUUAUCAGUUUUUGUCAACAGGAAACAUCGCAUAGUACAAUAAACCUUUACACUCCCUGCA